GGGACGUCACCCUCCUGGGGCUGGUGGAGGUGCCCCUGAGCCUCCUGCCCCUGCUGCGGCGGGCGCGGGGACGCGUGGUCAACGUGGCCAGCGUCAUGGGCCGCGUCUCCUUUUUCGGCGGGGGUUACUGCAUCUCCAAGUACGGCGUGGAGGCCUUUUCCGACAGCCUCCGCAUUGAGAUGCGGCACUUUGGGGUGAAGGUCAGCGUGAUCGAGCCGGGCUUCUUCAAGACGGCGAUCACCGACGUGGAGACGGCGAGGAAGAGUUUGAUCAACAUCUGGGAGAAGGUCCCGAAAGAAAUCAAAGCGAGUUAUGGGGAGAGUUACCUGCAGGAGUGUUUGCUGAGUCUCAAGGACAUGGAGAAGCGAUGCAACACGGACCUGACGCUGGUCACCAACUGCAUGGAGCACGCCCUCACCAGCCGCUGCCCCCGCAGCCGCUACUCCGCGGGCUGGGACGCCAAACUGCUCUACAUCCCCCUCAGUUACCUGCCCUCGGCGCUCGCCGACGCCGUCUUCGCGUGGUCCUACCCCAAACCCGCCCAGAGAGCCUGA